GUGCAUUAAUCAACAAUUAAUGGACAACUUCGACAAUCUAGGGUAAAACUCGAAUCUAGGGUAAAAUUGACAAAAAUCUAGGGUAAGAUUCAGUGUUGCACUCCUUGGGAAUUUUCACAAGAUCUUGUGAAUUUUGGUAAAACCUUGUGAACUUGUGAAUUUUUUUGAGAAAUUUGGAAAUUUUGUGAAUUUUGCUAAUUUCCACAGUACAAAUCAAACAAUCAAGACAGUAACAUACUUUUACAUCUACCACUACUACAAUUAGUAAUAAUUACAUCUUAAUAUCAUAUUAGAAGUAAUCUAUAUCAAAGCUGGCAGUGCACUUUCCAAUGCUGGUGAAAGAGGAAGAUCUACUGUAGAUCAACUACAAGAUCAGUGGAGGGACUUGCUAUACACAAGAUCAGCCUUAGAAAAAAUUAGUAAGCAAACAAAAACAUUAGUGAUUUCCGAAAAUCUCGAGUGGCAACACUGGUAAGAUUUCAUCAACUCGUGGAAGCCCUGACUGCUAGUCGCCUUGUCGCAGACCGCAUUUGUCGGCAUUCACCGUUCGGCACUCGACACUGCGACAGCAAGGUGUCUUCGUCUUGCCCCUCACGACUUCUCUUCAAUGUUCCUUGUUUCUCGUGUACUAACUACUAACCCCAAACAGUGACACAGACAGUCACGACAGAACACUUGUUGCUGCUGCAGUGCCCAGUGCCCACGCUUCCAUAGUUCCAUUGCCGUUGCAUAGCACUACGUCUGCCCUGUGGUAACCUGACAGGACAGCACCAGCGCACACCACCCCUGUGCCAGUGGUCGCCUCUACCAACACUAUUUAGAAGGAGUGUGGCAUCAAGAUGUUUAGCAACCGCAGGGAACGCAGAGGUGGCCUGGGUCUGCUGCUGCUGCUGGAACGCCUUAUGUCUGUUGGCAAUGUUGGCCCUGUCACUCUGCUCACUAUUGCAGGCCAGAGCCUGCUGUACAUGGGGAUCAUCAACCCCCCCUGGCAGAGUUAUGACGUGUGCCUGAGUGGUGAGUCAAUCCUGCACUUCAAGAGUUACAGGCGCCUGCUGCUGUCUGCCAUAGAACACUCUGAUGACAUCCAUCUCUACCACAACAUGGUCUCCUUCUUGUUCAAAGGGAGGACAUUGGAGAGACUGUUUGGUUCGGUGAAAUUCUUCAUUCUCUUGGUGGUUUUCACGCUGGCAACGAGCUUGACGUAUGUUGGACUGGCCUGGGCAGCCACUGAAUAUUUUAAAUCUUAUUCCUACAUGAAGAAAUGUGCUGUUGGGUUUUCAGGUGUCAUCUUUGCCCUGAAGGUGCUGACCACACACUAUGAGAGGAGUUACUACAGCCAGGUGAUGUGGUUCACAGUGCCCUCCAAGUAUGCAGUGUGGGCUGAGCUGCUUAUCAUUCACAUCCUGGUCCCUCGUGCCUCUUUCAUAGGACACUUAGCAGGAAUACUCGUGGGUGUUGCAUAUGUGUAUGGGCCCCUGAAUGGUGUUGUUAAUGCCAUAUACACCACAGUGGCUGGUCCCCCGAGGCCAUCCUACACCUAUGCCCAUGGAAUGACCAGAGGCUAUACCUAUCGAUAAAUGGAUGGGCACCUGACAGUGAACCAUGGAGGACUGAUUGCAAGUGAUAUAUAUAUAUUUUUUUUUUUUAUACGUUGUGGGGUUUUCACUGGAAUUUAUGGGCUAAAGGGGAUACCUUUUGGGGUACCUCCUAUCUCAAAGCCCACCCGCUAGGAAACCGUUGCCCCGAGUAAGGAAGCCCAACCUACACUCGGACCGUUGACAGGAUUCGAACCCGUGCGCUUGGAGACCCCUCGGACUCCAAAGCACGCAUGGUUCCACUGUACCACGGCGGCACCAUUUUGUUCUUAUAUUGUAUGAAUUUAUCAUUGAAAGGAGACACCAUGUAAUUUGUAGGGAAUUAGUGUGCAAAUGCAGUAGGUAAUGAUUUUGUAUUCAAGUAGAUAUCAUUCCUGUGAUAAUUACUGGAGAAGUUGAUUAGUAACAGAGUUAAAGGGAGUGAAUAGGGAGAAAUAUUGCUGGAAUACCCCAAACUGGCUGUGAAAAAACCUGUUAGUAUUUAAUCCUGACAUAGACUCACCAUUUCUCUUCUCUUCAGACUUGUAUAGUGAAUGAGUGAUGAAUUAAUGUGAAGAGAAAAAAAUUGUUGGUGAAUGAAUGAUGUAAGGUAGUGUUGAGAGAGAGAGAGAGAGAGAGAGAGAGAGAGAGAGAGAGAGAGAGAGAGAGAGAGAGAGAGAGAGAGAGAGAAUGAUUGGCAAUUGACUGAUGUGAGUUUGGAACAGAGGAACAUUGAUUAGUGAAUGACUGAUAUGAGGUUAUAAUAAGAAACAAUGAUAAGUGAGUGAUUGAUGUGAAGUUGUAACCAAGAAAAUGAUUGGUGAAUCAAUGGUAUGAGGUUGUACACCAUUUAGAAAGAAGUAAACAACCUACCUAAAAUGAAUGAACUCGUAUAUGACUGCAUAAUACCUGCACAUGCUUUUGAGACCACAGAGGUGUUCGUACUGAGGCUUGUUUUCUCACCUGUUUGCCUCUUCUCAGAGCAUCUAUGUUGCCUCAGGUAAGGAGCUGCCUUGCUAACCUGUACUGAAGAGUGCUGUUGCAGGAGAGCCUUCUGUCUUGCCUGUGUUGGUGUGAAAUAAAUAAGAACAAUUUAUA